AACAUUUUAUUACAAAACACAGAGAGAGAGAGAGAGAAAGAAAAAAAAAACAGAACUGCCUGAUGCGUAACAAACGAUGCCACUGUCCGCAUCAAUAUCAUCGCCGUCUUCUCUCGCUCUUCUCUCAGCCCGAUCACGAUCGCCUCUCUCCUUCUUCAUCUCCACUCCCAAAACCCUAAUCAUAUCCAGAACCCCUGAUCCUCCUUGCACUUCCCUUUUUGCUUCCCGGCGACCCCGCGACUUCAUCAACGGGAGGAGGGAUGGUUUCGUAGACGGUGAUCGGAGCUGGAACCGGAAGAUCAGACCGGAGUAUGGGAUCGAUGAGGAUUACGAAGAGGACGAAGACGAGGAGGAGGAGGAGGAAGAAGAAGAAGAUAGAAGCUUGGAUCUUUUACUUCGGUUCGUCGAGAAUGUCUUCAGAAAAGUUUCGAAGCGAGCAAGGAAAGCCGUCCGAUCUGUUUUGCCUGUUUCCAUCUCCACCAAGCUGGUGGGCUUCUCAGUGAACGGCGUACUUAUACUUGCAUUUUUAUGGAUCUUGAAGGCCUUUCUCGAGGUAGCUUGCACACUUGGGACUAUUGUAUUUACGAGCAUUCUAUUUAUACGGGGACUUUGGGCUGGUGUAGCAUACGUACAAGAAAGCCGCAACAACAGGAUCAAUGACCUUGCUGAUGACCCACGUGCAUGGAACGGGGUGCAGCCAGCUUCUUGAUUAUUUCACUUUAUCAAGUUUAGUAUCUGACUUUUGAGAGCCAAAAUAGGUUUAGGCUCUUGGAAGACAAUAAAAACCACAGAUGAUUUUAGAAUCAGAAAGGAGUGAGUUACACUGGAUAUGAUGUUCUUUGGCAUUGUCUGAUGAUUUACUAAGUAAAAAAAUGUAAUGUUUGUAGCAUUCCUAAUUUCCAAAUUUACUAAAAUU